UGACUUUCCGGAUUGUUCACUGGCGAAUAUAAAGGCCGCUGCGCAGUCACAAUACUAGACAAGACAUCAAACACGUUAUUGAAGACCAGACGGGGAGACAAAAACAAACCUGUAUCUUACAACAUUUAACGUACUUCAACAUAAAAGUCGGAGGUGUAAUUUUCUUUCGGCGCUGUUGAUUUAAACUGUCGACAAUGCCUUUUCUUGGACAGGAUUGGCGGUCCCCCGGUCAGAGCUGGGUUAAAACUGAAGAGGGAUGGAAAAACUAUUCUUCAGACGACAAAAACAGCAAUGACUCAGACGUGAGCUAUUGCAAAACAGAGGACGAGUGCUUCCAGGAGAAUCUGCGUCUGUCUCUCACAUACGACAUGGCAGCGAAGAAGAGAAGGAAAGACUUCAUGAACAACAACGCCAAGAUUCCUUAUUUCCACAAAGAGAAAUGGAUUUACGUCCACAAAGGAAGCACUAAAGAGCGUCAUGGUUACUGCACUCUGGGAGAAGCGUUCAACCGGCUGGACUUCUGCAGCGCCAUCAAGGACAACAGGAGGUUCAACUAUGUCGUGCGGCUGCUGGAGCUCAUUGCCAAGUCCCAGCUGCCCUCGCUCAGCGGAGUGGCUCAGAAAAAUUACAUGAACAUCCUGGAGAGAGUGGUGCAGAAAGUCCUAGAUGACCAGCAGAAUGUUCGUCCCAUCAAGGAGCUCCUUCAGACCCUGUACGUGUCUCUGUGUGGCCUGGUGCAGGAUAUGGGGAAGUCUGUUCUGGUGGGGAACAUCAACUGUUGGGUCCAUCGCAUGGAGAACAUCCUGCAGUGGCAACAACAGCUGGACAAUAUUCAGAUCAACAGGCCUGUGUCUAAGGGUAUGAGCCUAACAGACCUGCCUGUCAACCUGCAGCUGAACAUCAUGGAGCGUCUGUCAGAUGGCCGGGACCUGGUCAGUCUGGGACAGGUGACUCCAGACCUGGGACAACUCACUGAGGACAGGCUGCUGUGGAAGAGGCUCUGUCAGCACCACUUCACUGACCGACAGAUCCGUAAGCGUCUGAUGGUGUCAGACAAGGGCCAGUUGGAGUGGAAGAAGAUGUACUUUAAGCUGUGUCGCUGCUACCCUGUCAGAGAGCAAUACAGUGAAACCCUGCAGUUCUGCACACACUGCCACAUCCUCUUCUGGAAGGAUACGAACCACCCGUGCACAGCCAACAACACAGAGAGCUGCUGUAAGCCUGUUUCUCCACAAGGCUUUAUCAACCUCUUCAAGUUCUGAGAGCCACACAGAGCCUGAGUGACUUUUUGUACAUACAGUAAAAGAACUGUUUAUAGUGUGAUCAAA